CGAAAGGCCACUUUCUCUUCUCUUUUCUAUAAAUAAGGAUUUGGAGGGUGGUCAGGCCUUGGCCAACUAGAAAUAAUCUCCACUCUCCGGCGAGUCACUCAAUCAUCUCCGACAACACUUUCGUACAUUUCUAUAGGGAAUUGUUUUUCAAAGGGCAGAAGAGAAGUAUCAAUUGGAGCAAAUGUUAUUCAUGGUUUGCUCUACCAUUAAAUGUAUUAGUACUUGAAUGUGAGAUUUUCGCUAUCUGUUGGAAUGACAUGAAGCCUAGAUUGAAGAGCAGAGAGCCACUCGCUUUGCUUCUUCUCACAGUGCUCCGACAGCAAAUGCCUUGUUGUUGCAGGAAUGGAUAGUAAGCAAAUAUGUCAACCGCGAUACUCCCCUCUCCUCACUGCUUGUUCAGAAGUGCGCCACAGAACCGAACUGCCAAUGCCUUUGUCAAGACCCCAUCCUCUCUAGGAACCGUAAAGAGCGUCUCUAAAUCCUUUGGAUUGAAAUCCUCAAGUUUUAGAGUGUCUGCAAUGGCAGCAUACAAGAUCAAGCUGAUAACCCCAGAUGGUGAAGAGAAUGAGUUUGAAGCCCCUGACGAUGCUUACAUCUUAGAUUCUGCAGAAAAUGCAGGAGUGGAGCUUCCCUAUUCUUGCAGGGCCGGUGCUUGCUCAACCUGUGCGGGGAAAUUGGAGUCGGGUUCGGUUGAUCAAUCUGACGGAUCUUUUCUUGAUGAGAACCAAAUGAAGCAGGGUUACUUGCUCACUUGCAUUUCAUACCCAACUUCAGAUUGUGUCAUUCACACUCACAAGGAGGAAAAUCUUUACUGAGAGCAUCCAUCAUACCCUGGUCCUCUGUUUUGGUGCAAGGAAAGUCUCGGAUAAGGUUUCAACUUGUUAUCUAUCGAUGUUAUGAACCAAAUCAACCAUGUUCGUUCCCAUAAUUCCAGUCCCCUUUUCUUUCUAGCUUUUUUCAAUGCUGCUUGAAGUUGGUUUUGACUAGAAUCAAUGUUUAAUUAAUUUUUUUUUUAAAAUACUACUAAUAAUAAAUGUUUGUUUAAAA